CAGACUUGAUACAAAGGCAGAUCAUGAACAGCCCACAAGGAGUGUCACAUGAAUAUGACAGUGCUGCAGAUGCACAGUUUCAUACUCAAAUCUUUCACUAAUUUGUGGUGAUAAAUGCCAGCACAAGGGUAAGGCAAGGUCAGCAAAAGCGAGUGAGUGUCAUUGGCUGGUGGUUAUGGUUAAGCCCGCAGGCUUGUUUUUAAGAGUGACUGCUUCUCAAAUCUCCACCACAGAGACAAGGAGGAGGACUUAGGACAUGCUGAAUACCACAAACAGCACAGCAAUGGCUUACAGCAACCCUGACUAUGAUGUCUACUCAGAUUUCGGGUCAGGCUUUGACUUGAACAACUCAUAUUGGAAUACAAGUAACACCACAGAAAUCACUGAUGAAUCUGAAUGGUGUGAGGCUGGAGAGCAGGAGCUCACCAUCAAAAUGUUCCAGACCUCAGUUUUUUGCCUCAUCUUCCUGCUGGGCGUGGUGGGAAAUUGCCUGGUGAUUGCCACCUUUGCCCUAUACCGCCGUCUCCGGCUUCGCUCUAUGACUGAUGUCUUCCUGUUCCACCUAGCGCUGGCCGACCUCCUCCUGCUCCUCACGCUCCCGUUACAGGCCGUCCACACUCACCUGGGUUGGAUCUUCUCUGUUCCUCUCUGCAAGGCCACGCGUGCCAGCUAUGCGAUCAACACCUACAGUGGGCUGCUGCUGCUGGCCUGUAUCAGCGUCGACCGCUACAUGGUGGUAGCACGAGCUCAGGAGAUGCUCAGGCUGCGCACUCAGAUUUUAAGAGGGGGGAAGCUAGCUGCUCUAGGUGUGUGGGUUGUUGCGGUGCUCCUCAGCCUGCCUGAAAUCCUCUUCGCUGGGGUGGAGGUGUUUUUUGGCUAUGAUGGUGAAAUACAAUACUGUGUCAUGCUAAAUAGUGGAAAAGUCAAAAUGGCCACCAAUGGAGCCAUCAUUGCUGUCUUCUGCCUAUCCUUCCUCAUCAUGGUGACUUGCUACUCUUUGAUUGCUAAAGUGCUGUGGGAAGGGAACACACAUCGGCGAGGGAAGAUGUGGCAUCGGCAGCGCACCUUGAAGCUAAUGGUGGCCCUGGUGCUGGUGUUUCUGAUGUUCCAGCUGCCCUACACUGUGGUGCUGUCUCGUAAAAUGGCGGGGCAGUUCUGCAGUCUCCUGUUGGAGUACAUCACCUGCACUUUGGCAUACGCUCGCUGCUGCCUCAACCCUAUCCUGUAUGCCCUGGUAGGCGUACGCUUCCGCAACGAUGUGCUGAGGCUCAUCCAUGAUUCAGGCUGCCCAUGUGAGCCCUUCCUGGCACCACAGACCGUGAGCUCCACCUCCAUCUCCUCAUCGUCACCUGCUCUCACAGUGCUCUCAGUUUGCUCUCCAACAGUCCCUGAACGCAAUUACUCUAGCAAUGACACAGAGUUGUCCACCAAGUUUAAGUUUCCAGCAAGCAAAUAAUAUUUGAUAAGGUUGUGAACUGUCCACUCUGCAUCAUUUAUAUACACAUUCCCCUUCAGUUAACAUAAUGUACAAUUACUAUACAGAAGCAAUGACCUGAUAAAUGAUGUGGAGUCUGCAAAGAUAUUAAUUAGGGCUGUGAAUCACUGUAAAGUUUUCAAUAUGAGUGUUCAUACAAAAUGUCCAGUAAAAUGGUACACAGUAUAAACAGUAUAUGUAUAGACAGGCUUAUAGACCCCCCCCCCCAUUGAUUAUCUUCAAAAUGUGAUUUGUUAUUCAUUUAUAUUAUUCAUUUGUUCAGCCACAACUAUUUACUAUACAGUUGCAGUGAUUAAAUGACCACAGGCCUUUUGGCCUAUUUCUUUAAGGUCUGUGCUUGUUGUUGAGACAAUUUAAGAGGUAUGCUACCGGUCAAAAGUUUUAGGGCGCCUCUAUCUUUCCUGUUGUAAUGUCUCUGGGAACUCUGAAACUAAAGCAUAGAACAAAAGGAUAAAAAAUAGCAAAAAAAUAUUUACAGAAAGAUGGAAUCUUAAAUCGUAAUUUAAUCCUUUUUUUUUGGACUUUUUUGUGAACUUACUCAUGAUGUUCUUUUUACAACAAAAAUGAAACAUUAAGGGAAAGUUUGUCUAAAAGCUGUUGCAGAGGUUCCACAACCACACUUGUACUUUGCUUUUUUUUGGGUCAUUAUCUUGCUGUUGGAUGAACCUCUGAGCAUUCAGUCUGUCUUCUUUUCUUAAUUACUUUUCCCACAGUUCUUAUAUACAGCACUACUUCCUGCAGCUACAGAAGACAACGGAAUUAGCAGAGAUGAACGUGCAAUUGCCUUUUAGUUUUAAAUGCUUGUUGCUUUUGACACAUUUUGGUUGUUACUCAAAAAGUCUCAAGGGUUGAUACACAACACUUGUUAUCAUAAGCACUUUGUUUUUCAGGCAUCAGGUGACAAAAAGCAGAUGACCAAGAGCCACUUCAGCUUUUGAUGCAUUUCUACAGAAUUUCAUAAUUCUAACCACAACCUCAUUUGCAAACAUAAACCUAGUGGUGCUAUGUUUUUACUUCAACAAGCUUAAGUUCUGUAGAAUAUUUCUAUACUGUUGGUAACAGUCUCCAGACUUAAAGCACUUUGGGGCUGGUUUUGGGAAGAAUUGGACAGAGGGUGAAAGAAGGUGAAACUGUGAAUACAUCUGUGGGAAGUUCUGCAACAGUGUUGACACAAAUUUUCCAAACAGUGUUUCAUUUCCAUUGUAGACAGGACGUCACAGGGUGUUUUGUCUGCUGAAUGAGUCAAACAUUUUGAUUAAAUUUAGGAUUUCAGAAUAUAAGUGUUUUUAUCACAAAUUUGCAUGCAUAUAUUAUAAUUUUCAUAGUAAAUAGAGUUGAAUUUAUUUGUUAUUUAAUAGUUCAUUCUCAAAAUGUUAAAUAUAGAUUGUUUGUUUUAAUGUAUAUAUUUCUCUUGCAUCUUUAAAUAAACUUUGAUGUAUA